AUGCCAAAAACAAAACCAGGAUAUUAUGCUGUUCGUAAAGAUAGAAAACCAGGAAUCUAUUUAACUUGGGAAGAAUGCGAAUCGCAAGUUAAAGGAUUUUCUGAUGCUAACUACCAAAGAGAUAAAGAUCUGAGAAAUUUGUCUGAACGACUCCCUGGUGAACAACAAACAAACAAUCGUGCUGAAAUUUAUGCUGUUAUUAAAGCGAUUGAAAGUUGUGAAAACAAAAAAAAAUCAUUAGAAAUUUUUAUUGACA